AUGCGCGCCUCGUCACUGCGCCAAGCGCUGCGAAAUCAGCCGUCGCGGCGCUUCCUGGCCCGCGGCGGCUACCGCGCCAAGCGCGGCGGCGGCCCGGCGCCGCGCGCGCCGCCGGCGUCCGGCGCGGCCCGCGAGCUCACCUGGCCCGGCGCCGUAGUCGUCGCCGUCGGCGGCGGCGGCCUCUUCGGCGCCGGCGUCGCCUGCGCCUGGGUCGCGAGCGCGGCGAACGCGCCGGAGGCGCCCGCCGACGCGGCGCCGGCCUGCUCCUGCGCCUGCCGCGUCGCGACGUUCGACGCGCUGAGCGGCGACUACGACGUCGGCCGCGACGAAAUCGUCAUGGGCGUGCCGCUGCUGCGCUGGUGGCUCCUGCGGAGCGCGCGCGGCGACGUGUUGGAGGUCGCCGCGGGCACGGGCGCGAACCUGGGCAAGUACCCGGCCGCCGCGACGUCGAUCACGGCCACGGACGCGUCCGAGGACAUGCUCCGCGUCGCCGCGACAAAGCUCCCCGCGGACGGCCGGUUCGCGCUCCGGCGCUGCGCCGUCGAGGAGUUGACGGGCUGCUACGACACGGUCGUCGACACCUUCGGCCUCUGCUCCGUCGACGACCCCGUCGCGGCGCUCAAGGCGAUGCAGCGCGCGACGAAGCGCGACGGCGCGAUCCUCCUGUUGGAGCACGGCCGGGGCCACUACGCCUGGCUCAACAACCUGUUGGACCGGUACGCCGAGCGCCAUUUGUUGCGCUGGGGCUGCUCCUGGAACAGGGACUACGGCGCGGUCAUGGCGGACGCGGGCCUCGUCGUCGAGUCCGUGCGCCGCUUCCACUUCGGGACGACCUACAUGGUCGUCGCGCGGCCGAACCCGGACCUCGCGGAGACGGCGCGGGGGGCCUUCCGGAAGCACCGCGAUGGGCUGCCCAAAGCAAACCCAAAGCGCACCAUGCCGUCCGUCGUCAACGAGUUCGGCGCCAUGCCCGCCGCCCCGGACGCCUUCGACCUGCGCCUCGUCGACCUCGGCGGCGGCGAAGCCAUGGUCGAGGUGCACACGUCCGGCGGUGCCCAGAGGAGCGGCGUCGACAUCGAGAUCGUCCUCGACGUCUCCGGCUCCAUGGCCACGGAAAGUGAGGUCCAGGACGCCGCCGGCAACGUCCAGCGCCACGGCUUCUCGACGCUCGACGUCUGCAAGCACGCGGCGCGCUGCGUCGCCUGCUCCCUCGACGACACGUGCCGCCUCGGGCUCGUCGCCUACGACGCGCAGGCGCGCGUCGUCGUCGGCCUCGCGCGCGUGACGCCGGCGCACGUCGCGAAGGUCCACGCGGCGCUCGAGAAGCUCGCGCCCGGGACGUCGACGAACCUCUGGGGCGGCCUCGAGCUCGGUGUGGACGAGCUCGUCGGCGGCGCGGGCGACAACGCGCGCGCCGUGUUGUUGCUGACCGACGGCGUACCCAACAACUCGCCGCCCGAGGGCGAGGUCGCCGCGCUGCGGGCGAAGCGGCUGACGAAGGACGGGUCCGAGACCGUCGCGGUCUUCGCCGCGGGCUUUGGCUACGCGCUGCGGAGCGACCUGCUCCUGUCGCUCGCGCGCGAGGGCGGCGGGCUCUUCUCCUUCGUGCCCGACGCGGGCAUGGUCGGCACGUCGUUCAACCACCUCGUCGCGUCCCUGCGGUCGUCCGCGGCGACGGCCGCGGCCGUCGUCGCCGUCGUCGAGGUCGUCGGCACGCGGGGCGGGCGGCGGUCCACGCUCGCCGCGCUGCGCGACGUCGCCGCCGCCGCGGCGUCGCCCGCCGCCGGCCGCGCGGCGCGCGUCGAGCGCUUCCGCGCGUCGAUGGCCGAGGUCCUCGGCGCGCCCGACCGCGGGACCUGCGCCGCCGCCGCCGCCGCGACCGCCGCCGCGGCGCGCGCGCGCCUCGCCGCCGCGCACGGCCUCGGCGAGGCCCUCGCGGCGGCCGACGGCGCGGGCGCCGCGGCGGCGGACCGCGCGAAAGACGGGAGCGACGCGCUCCGGGAGAUGCGGCGCGUCGCGGCCUGGACGGCGGCCUGGGCCGACGCCGUCGCGUCGCGGCCGUCGAAGGCGGCGUCGCGCGCGGCCCUCCCGGACCUCGUCGGGCCCGACGCCGCCGGCGAGAUCGCGGCCUACGGCCUCCUCGACGGGCCCGACGUCGACGGCGACGCGGCGCGGCUCGCGUCCUACGUCGUCGACCUCGAGUCGCAGAUCCGCAUCGCGUGCUCGCGCGACGCCUUCUUCGACCGCUGGGGCGCGCACUAUGUGCGGUCGCUGCGGAGCGCGCACGAAACCGCCACGCGCCACAACUUCAAGGACGCGUCCGUCGACACCUACUUCGGCGCGCCGGCGUCGACGCUCCUCGCGGUGGCCGACGCGGCCUUCGCGAAGCUGCCGGCGCCGAAGCCGUCGAAGCAGGGCCGGGCCGGGCCGCGCGACAUGUCGAGCGCGUACAACUCGCGCUGCAACGGCUGCGUGUCCGGCGGCUCGCUCGUCGUGCGCUACGGCGACCGCGCGCCGCUCCGCGCGGACGCCGUCGUCGCGGGCGACGUGCUCCUCGACGCGACCGGCGGGCCCGCGACGGUGCAGUGCGUCGUCGCGACGGCCGUCGAGCGCGGCUUCGCGGACCUCGUCCGCGUCGGCCCCGACGUCGCGCUCACGCCCUGGCACCCGGUCCGCGCCGGCGGCGCCUGGGCGUUCCCCGCGGACCUCGGCGCCGAGGCGCGCGUCCCCUGCGACGCGCUGAUCUCCCUCCUCUUCGCGGGGCGAAACGCGGCCUACUCUACCCCCAGCGGCGCCGCCGUCCUCGCGCUCGCGCACGGCGUCGAGGGCGACGCCGUCGCGAGCCACGCGUUCUUCGGCACGGAGGCCGUCGUCGCCGCGCUCGCGGGCCUCCCGGGCUUCGCGGCGGGACGCGUCGUCCUCCGCGAGGGCGCCUUCUUGCGGCUCGACGGCCGCGUCGCCGCCGUCGACGCCGCGCGCGUCGUCGCACCAAGUGUCGCGCCGGCCCCGGCGCCGAUCCGUGCGUGAACGGACGCGCGCGCGCCGUCGCGCGCGGCGCCGGCGGUCCCCCCAAGUCCCCAUGCGUUACAUAUCCCGCCGGCGGGCUACCGCCAGUCUUCAACUUUAAACCUUGUACUUC